AUGACCACUCCCGAACUUACCAACGUUCAUAUCGAACAACUGCAACAUACUAUUAUAAAUCAACAAGAAGAACAGCAAUCAAACACCACUACAAUCAUCCAUAACACGAGUAAAUUUCCAUCAAAUAAUAACAACAAUAUUCAUCAUCCACCACAACAAAAUCAAAAAUCUUUUUUCAUCACCAAUAAUGAGCAACAAGAUGACGACGACGCUUUUUUAUUAUUACCAACAACAAAAUCACAAGAAGACCCGCCAAUAUUAACUACAACAACUGUAAACAAAAAUGGCGGCAAUCAGCAGCAUGUAAAGAGUGGUGCUGGUGCUGCAGAUUUUUGCUCCACACGAGACUCUGUUGGCUCUCUAUCGACACAUGAAGCUCCCUCAUCGAUUAUCAUGUUUGAAGAUGAGUCUGAAACUGAGAAUAAUGGAACUACAACAACACUGAGUACUUCCUUGGUGUCGGCUUGUUCAACAUCGGGUAUGAUGAAUAUGAUGAUGAUGAAUCACAUGCCUUCGGGUAAUGAUAUUAAUCAUGAGGAUGAGAAGGAAUUUGAUGAAAUGAUGAUGGCGAAUAGAAAUGAUGAUCAAAUAUUAUUGGACGAUGAGGAACAACAACACGGAAAAUUAUUGAACAAUAAUAAUAGGAAGAAUAGUGAUAAUAAUAAUGGAAUGUUAUUGGAUGAAAAUAAUAGUAGGAAGAAUAGUGAUAAUAAUAAUGAAGUGAAAAUUCAAGAAUCGACCAAUCAACAACAACCAAGGAUUUCUAUUGGAGAUAUUUUGAAAGGACUUAAAGCAACAAAUCCCAACUCUCCAAUUAAUCCUUCUUCUUCUAACAAGCCAACAACACCUUCAUCAUCAGUUAUUGGCAGUAAUCAUUCAAAAGAUAACUCUCCUUCUUCCUCAGCACCUCUGAUUAGUAAUAAUAGUAAUAAUAGCAAUGAUAAAAGUAGUAUUAAACAAAGUCCUAAAAAGAAGAAUUCAGAUCCUGUUCGUCCACGAAAACAAUCCAGCGAUUCGAACAACUCUAACUCUUCACAGAAACGAAAAAAGAAGAGUACUACAAAUGAUUCAGAAGAAAGAAGUAAUCCUUCACAUCAUAGAAAUCCUUCAGAAGCCACAUCUCUCAUGAAUGCAGAUAUUGAUCAAUCACCACACAAGAGAAAACUCUCACUCUCUGUUACCAUACAGAAUAAGAUUUCAACUUGGAGGUCAAAGCACAAAAAGAAUGUAAAUAGUAGUAGCACUGAUCAUGUUGCUACAACUGAUCGUCCACCUCUACUGUUGCUAGAAAAUAACCAACAAUACUCACACUUAUUAAGUGAAAAAUCUCAAUCUGCAGACACUUUCAACACGAGUAUCAGUAGUAUGAAUAGUUUUGUCAGCAAUGCAAGCGAAAUUGAUUUAAAGAAUCCAAUCUUGAAAAUCAUUGAAAAAUCUCCUGAAACACCUCGUAAAUCGAGUAAUCCACAAAUUUCAUCCCUCAGGAAUAUUCUAGCAACAAAUAGACAAAGAUUUUAUAGCUCUGCAAAUGAUAUGACCUCUCAAUAUUCUGAUGCUUCACCAAUGGUUUUUUCACCCUCUUCACCAUUUUCAGAAGACAAGACAAAAUCUCCAAAAGUUUCCCUCUUGAAUUUUUCACAAAUUGUGCCAACAUUGUUUGAAGGUCCAAAGAGUUCUAGAACUCACAGAGGUGAGAAGAAAACCAUUUUUGACAAUAUUAAACAAGAAGAAGCUCCAAAAAGAAAAUUAUCCCUACCAGACAAACCAGAAUUCCUAAACUCUCCAAAGCACAACAAAAAGUUACAGACACAACCUGCCAACUUGACCCAAGAUGAUAUCUUUACUUUAUCUCCACCAACACCCACUGUAGUAAUACCAAACAGUUCAAGGCACAACUCACCAAAAGAACCAAUUAAGAAACUCGAAUCCCUUUUCUGUGCAGAUACUCUCCUAUUAAUUUGUUCAUUCUGCAAAGGAGGAAAUCAAUUCUUUAUAUUGAGAGAAGUCUGUUCAACAUGGCAUUCUUUCCUUGAUGAUGACAAUGUUUGGAGAGCCAUGUAUUUGAAUUACUUAGAAAAUCUUAUCAAGAGUUAUUGGGAUACUGUUGGAGCAUAUUAUGGUUUUAGUGAGAGUCAUCCAAAAUCUGGUCUCCAACCAAAGAAGAAGGAAGGUAUAUCCAUCAAGUACAGAUUAUUGAACAAGAGAUACAAAUUUUUAAAAGCCCUCCAAAAAGAGUUGACAACAGCCAAGCCAAUUAAUUUUAUACCAACAGCUGAACCUGAAAUUAUUCAUGUGAGAAGAGGAACAAUUGCCAACUUUAAACAGUUUGAAAAUUUGGAAACCAGAAGAAGAACAUCCAGCUCUACUGAUAGACUCACAUCUCCCAGAUUUGACGACUUAUCAAACUUUGUUGGAUUUGGUUUUCAAAAUCCAACUAGCCCUCCAUCCAGCACUGCUAUUCCAAACUUGAUGUCUCCUCGAAAACACGCCCAUUCAACAGCCUCUCUCUUUGAUAUGAAAAAGGCACCUGUUAAGAAGAGCAAACCUCCAAAACAAGAACAAGUUGAGGAAUUAUCAUCCAAGCAAAUCUAUUUAGAAUUGGUGAAAGAUGAAACAAGAUCAAGAAUUCAGAUUGGACUUAAAAUUUUGCAACCUGUUCAAUUGGUUAAAUGUCUUGUGGAUAAGGAGUAUAGCAUAUCCAGAAUGACCUACUUUUUCUUCCCUCAAUUGUAUUCCCCUGUGGCUAAAUUUUUAUCCUCUGCCAAGAGUAUUAUUGUUGGAAAGCUUGAAGUCUCUGAAAAGAAUCGAUUCAUGACCGAGUUAUUCCAACAUAUUUCAGUUCAAUUCUUUUCUCUAUUCUUGAUGGGUCUUAAAGCACUAAAGACCAACUUGAUUACAAAUCCCAUUGAUUAUCCUGAGUUUUAUGGAGAGUUGAGGAAAAUCAUGCCUUCAGAAACUGCAAAAUGUUCAAAUAGCACUGAGGCUCAAUUUUUAGCUGACAAACUAAUUACCAAAUACUUUACACUUGUUGUGGAUAGAUUGAAUCCUGAAAUUAGUUUUGAUGUAUUAUCACUCUUUAUGGAUUCCUUUGCCCGUAUUGGUAAGAACAAACUUCUCGUUCUCAUACUUGAGAAGGCAAAGGAAAAGUUUUUCGAUUAUGAAACGCAGCUCACUCCUCGUUUAACCAAACUGGUAGACCAUGGAAGAGGAAAAAUCAAACACAAGAGUGCUGAGAGUGAUUUUCUCCAUUUCGUGAUCAACAAGAUAAUACCUUCUGCAGCAAUGGAAGAAGGAGAUUAUAGACAUAUUGUAGAUAUGCUCUUUGAUAUUAUGCAAACUCAUUACGGAAUUGAUAAUAAGCAAAUAGCUUCUCAUUUUAAGAAAUUGACAUCUACAACAACUGAAAGUAUUAUUGACCCUCAUAUUUCUAUUAUUAAGGCAUGCUUUCAAAAUAAUGGUGAAAAUACUGUAGCUCUUUCAUUCUUUGAUUACCUAAUUGAUAAGUUUUCUAUUGAUAUGAAUAGAAAAGAGAUUUUAUUCUUCCUUCUUGAGAAUAUUAAUAUGGCACCUUUCUUGGAUUAUGCUAAAAAAAUGAACAAGAUUGAUCCAAAAUUUGUGAGCAGAUGUUUCCAUAGCAAACACUUUGCAGAAUUCCUACUUACUCAAAAUCCAACAAUUAUUCUUGAUCGUUUAUUUACCUUCUUUAAUAUGGACCCUCUAGCAGACUUUGAGAAUGAAAAUUCAUUCAAAUCAAUAGAGGAAGCUUGGAAAUCAUCAAUUAGUACCGGUAGGAAUCUCAUUAGAAGCUCUGGAAGUUUCAAAAAUAAGGACAAUUUUCUCAAGAUUAUUAGCAAGAUUGAAAUUAGGAAUAAUGAACCAAAACCUGUCUACUCUCUUGACAUUUUGCAAAUUUACAAAUUAUUAUGCACAAGAUUUAGAGAACAAGACAAGAAAUUCAACUUGCAAAAAAUUGAUAGAGAUUUGAAUAUUGGUGUCAAUUUAAUUACGCAUGUGUUUGUCAAAGAUUUUAUCGACAGACCUGAGAGUUUAUAUGAAAUUUGUGAUUUACUAAUUAAUCAUUCAAAUGUUUUGAUUGAUUGUAAAAUUCUCAAGUUGAUUCUCAUGAAGAGUGAGCUAGUUGAAAAGCAAACUGGUUAUAGUUCAUUAUUACCAAAUAUUCUUGACAAUGCCUCGAAAGCACUUGAACUCAUCCUAAACAAUAGUGCAAUGAUAAUUCCCAAAAAUCCAAAUUCUAGCAUGAAAUCUUCCAUGCACGGCUCAGAUAUUAUUGGCUAUUCUGAAUGGUAUCUGAAUUACAAGCUCACGAACGAUCCAGCUCCACUGGUAGAGGAAUACAUUCAACUGUUUGAGAGGACACAAGCUUUCAUUGAGAGAAAUAGACUCUAUGGUAACACAUCAAACUUUGGCUGUUUUUCAUGUUGUUACAUGCAGUAAAUCCAUUAAUUAACUUCAAAUGUUAUUUGAAAUAAACAUAUUGAAAGCC